AUGGCCUCUGCUGCCACCAAUGCAGUCAUGGCUCAUACUUCCACAAAAGAAUUGAGUGAAAAGGAUCGGGGUCAUGACAAAACACGCAAAAGGCACAGUGCCUCCAGUGGUAGCAGCAGCACCAGGUCCCGGUCUAGUUCCACCUCAAGUUCAGGGUCCAGCUCCAGCACUGGCUCCAGCAGCAGCUCCAGCUCCUCUUCCACCUCAAGCCAUUCUGGGAGCUCCAGCACUUCUUGCAGCUCCAGGAGCUCCUCUGGCUCUCCGAGCCCGUCUCGGCGCAGGCAUGACAACAGAAGGCAUUCCCUUUCCAAGUCUAAACCGCCCAAGAGAGAUGAAAAGGAACGGAAGAGGAGGAGUCCAUCACCCAAACCUACCAAAGUGCAUGUUGGGAGACUCACGAGAAACGUUACCAAGGAUCACAUCAUGGAAAUUUUUUCCACUUACGGGAAGAUAAAAAUGAUUGACAUGCCAGUCGACAGGCUCAACCUGCACCUCUCCAAGGGUUAUGCGUACGUAGAAUUUGAGAAUCCAGAUGAUGCAGAGAAGGCGCUGAAGCACAUGGAUGGAGGACAGAUUGAUGGUCAGGAAAUCACCGCCACCGCUGUCCUGGCCCCUCGGCCUAGGCCAGUUCCCAGGCGUUUCUCUCCUCCGAGAAGAAUGUUGCCACCUCCACCCAUGUGGCAUCGGUCACCACCUCACAUGAGGAGAAGGUGGGUUGUUUUGUUGGGACUGUAUAAGCAGAGUAGGGGUGCUAUUGUUGAUUAG